GGCAAUGUCUCCAUCUCAAAGCAUAAUCCCCGCUUGCUUAACGUGCCGCCGCAAGAAAGUUCAUUGCGACCGGCGUUCGCCAUCCUGCAGCCCUUGCUCGAAGAGUGGUCUCGAGUGCUCUUACCCGACGGCAAACUCGCGGUAUAUUGUAAGCAGGGAGCGUUCUUGCAAGGCAUGUCGACGCCGGCGGGCCAAAUGCGAUAGAAAGAGACCAUGCAACGCAUGCGUUACCGCUGGAGUCAGUUGUAUCUAUGCCUCGGCCGAGAGACCUGGCCACGGAAAUGAUUCGACAGGCGUCUCAGGAGGCGCGGCCACCGGUUCCUCACCCACGGGAAGGGGUACCUCAGUCUCCACGAAUACAGGGACAGCAGUAGAUCAAGACCGUCGGCCAGUGUACCCAUCGGUGAUACUUGGAAAUGGUCCGAUCGCUGUGAAGUUGACAGAGCUGCAUCCGAACGUAGCGCAUAUAUGGUUUCUGUGGCAUAGUUUCACCGAGAACGUGGAGCCUCUGUUCAAGAUCUUCCACGCUCCAUCCGUUCAUGAGCAGCUGCUCUCAGCGAUGCAAGACAUCGGCACGAUGGAUGGAGAUUUGGAGACUUUGAUAUUUGCUGUAUACUUUGCAGCGAUCGUGAUUGAAGAAGAGAGCGAGUGCUUGAUCAAAUUCAGGCAGUCGAAGAUAGACCUUCUUAAAAGAUACCGUUACGCCCUUGAGCAGUGUUUUGUGCGCUCAAAUUCCCGGGCUCGACUGUCAGUAGCUUCGCUUCAAGCGCUUGUACUCUUCCUCAACAUGACUCAUUACUCGCCGCUCUCCACACCAGUUGAUUCUCUCCUCACGUUGGGAAUCGGCCUCGCAUUGCGGCUAAACCUUCACCAAGAUCCGUCGCAGUCUUCCCAAGGACACCCUAGCUAUCCCACGAUAGCCGAUCAUACCUCUGCAGAAAUGAGGCGGCGCCUUUGGUGGCACAUCAUGGCCCUCGAUGUACAGUAUGCCGAAGCUGCGAUAAGGGAUCCUAUCAUUUCUGAAGCGAUGUGGACGACUAGAUUUCCAAGUAGCUAUAAUGAUGGCGAACUAGACUGCUUAAGCGAGCAGCCAAUGCCUCCUCCAACGGGUGAGACAUUCGACCCAGAAAUAUUUGCGACACAGGCCACCGCCCCUCACAGUGAUGAGCAAGAAAGUCGCAGAACAGACAUGUCUUUCGCGCUAUCAAGGCUAGAGAUAAUGAAGAGUCUUAGACGUUACAGUUUCUCGGAACAAUUCUGCAUUAACAACGGAUAUAACUACCUUGCUACACCUGUGGCACAGAUUCAAUUCCUCAAUGACUUGGUACAGAGAGUCCAUCAAAAAUACUUGCGAUUCCAGCAAGGCAACGACCGUCUCAGCUUCUUCGAACGCAACGCUGUGAAACUGAUUCUCAGCAAGCAUCUGAUGAUGGCGAAGCGAAACGAACCGAUUAGGGAGAUACUGAGCAAUUGUAUCAAGGUGCUUGAAGCUGCUGUAGGGUUGCGCAAGUCGCAGGCGAGAUGGGCUUGGCUGCUAAGGCAGCCUGUGGAGUUGGAUUCUCUGGAGUUGCUUUUGGAGUGUUUAGCUAGGCGGCCAGAUACGGAACAGCUCAGUGGUGAUGAGGACCUAGAGCACGCAUGGACGCUGGCUAAGAAAGCGACGGAGAGUGGAGAGAGAGACAACUUAGCCGCUUGCUAUCCUGCUCAAUGGGCUCGGAUUCAAAAGCUGUGCGAGCACGCUAUCGAGCGUCGAUUUCCGCGAACACAAAUCAGCAACUAGGAACAAGAAAAUUGACCCAACUAUUGAACUCAGUAGAAAACCUUCCUUGAAGACUUUCGUUGCGUCUAUUAGGAGACAGAUGGGCCCUUUCUACCUGCUAAGGGCAGAGACAACUCCAGAGGAGAUGAAAAGCAAAUCACCACUGUUGGAAAGACGACUAUGAUAGAAG